AUACUGGAAGAGGGAUUAUGAUGGUGGUCGAUUUAAGUGUUUAGUUAGUACCUGCUAAGUAAUAAGUUUUUCUUCUUAGUUUUCCCGAUUGGUUUUAAGCUAUUAAAUUAACGUAACAUUUUGCAAUUUUUGAAUAACUUUCUCAUGUACAAAUUUAGGUGGCUUAAUAUUAGAUAAUACUGAGCGCACGACGACAAGUUUUACGCAUUAGUAAGAAGGACCAGAGACGGAAUAACACAGACCAACCGAAGGCAGUGCAGUGGCACUGUGACAGCGAUGUGUAACUGUAAAACGUAUAAUAGUAAUACUACAGUCAGUAGGCCUUACUAGUACUACUAGUUUGUUGUUAGGCGUAUUAUUAUUAAAUAUAGUAUCAGUGAGUGCAAUAAAUUGCCAGUGUUUUACCGUACAAACCAGUACCAAAAUAAAUUUUAAUACUAACCAAAAACAUAUGAAAGUUGAUUAUUAAAAAAGGCAAAUUUUCAAAAGUAACGAUAGGUAUAAACUACAAUUACUAAUAAUAAUACUAGUUGUACUAGUACUAGUAGUAUCACUAUUAGUAAUAGGAAUACGAUAUUGAAUAAUUCUUGUUUAUGUUUGAAAGUGUUAAUCUUUCAGUUUCAACUUCUCAAGUGUGUUAUUAAAUUAAUUCUAUAAAAACAAAAAAUGAGAGGUAUGCUGUUAACACUUGGAAGUAUGCUACUGACUGUGGCAGUAGUAGGAAAUGCUUAUUAUCAGAAGAAGCAGUUCUAUCCGUCAGUGGUUUAUAUAACAAAGUCAAAUCCUAGUAUGGCUGUUAUUUAUUUACAAGCGUUUGUGAUGGUUUUGAUGAUGGGAAAAAUAACACGAAAACUAUUCUUCGGACAGUUGCGUGCGGCUGAAAUGGAGCACUUGAUAGAAAGGUCCUGGUAUGCAGUUACAGAAACGUGUUUGGCGUUUACAGUUUUCAGAGAUGAUUUCAGUCCUAAGUUUGUGGCUCUUUUUACUGUUUUACUUUUCUUGAAGUGUUUUCAUUGGCUGGCAGAGGACCGAGUUGAUUAUAUGGAGAGAAGUCCUAACAUAUCUUUGUUGUUUCACAUCAGGGUUGUGGGUCUUUUGACUUUACUUGGAUUUUUAGAUUAUUUGUUUGUUAGUCAUGCCUACUAUAUUACUCUUACCAAGGGGCCAUCUGUUCAGCUAGUAUUUGGGUUUGAGUAUGCCAUCUUGCUUACAGUAGUAGUGAACAUAAUGAUCAAGUAUGUUCUACAUACUGUUGACCUGCAAAGUGAAAACCCUUGGGAAAACAAAGCAGUUUACCUGUUGUAUACUGAGUUGAUAAUGGGUUUUAUUAAGGUUGUUUUAUACCUGACGUUCAUGACCAUCAUGAUUAAAAUCCAUACUUUCCCACUGUUUGCCAUUAGACCAAUGUAUCUCAGUAUGAGGGCUUUGAAGAAGGCAUUCAAUGAUGUGAUUAUGUCAAGAAGGGCAAUAAGGAACAUGAACACUUUGUAUCCUGAUGCUACUGCUGAAGACCUAGCAUCUGUGGACAAUGUUUGUAUUAUUUGUCGAGAGGAGAUGUUGGGUAACGGUAGUAGUAAAAAAUUACCUUGUAAUCACAUCUUCCACACUUCCUGCCUUCGAUCGUGGUUUCAACGGCAACAGACUUGUCCAACGUGUCGUAUGGAUGUCCUGAGGAUACCUGCCAACUCCAGUGCUGGACAACAAAGGGCUCCAGGAGCAGUUCCUGGACAACAACAGCAAGCACAGCCUCAGCCACAACCCCAGAUACCUAACUGGCCAGGAUUUCCACUAGGUGGUGGUGGUCCAGGACCAUUUUGGGUACCACUUCCACAACAGCAACAGCAACCACAGCAACAGGCUGGAACUGGAACGUCAGCACAGAGUAGUUCUGCAGCACCAUCUUUAGGUUCUACAACAACUACCUCUUCUACAGCUGGUGGGAUGUAUGCCAACCAGACUAACCAACCAUUCUCAAUACCACCUUUUGCUUUUCCUCCUUUUUUUCUUCCACCACCUCCACCACCACUUCCACAGGCAGAUUUUAGUGGACUAACAAAUGAAGAAUUGGAGGCUUUAGAAGGAGAAGAGCGAGAAAAUGUUGAGGCUAGGAUUCGAUGUCUUCGUAACAUUCAAACACUUCUCGAUGCUGCUGCUCUUCAGAUGCAACAGUACAGUGCUGUUGUAUCUUCCUUAAGAAGGAGUACAAGAACUACAGUAACAAGCACUACAGGAACUGAUCCGUCUGGCCCAAGUGUCAGUGCUCCAUCAACUAGUAAAGCACCACAUGAAGUUUCUGGUGAAGCUGCAAAACCAAGUACCAGUAAUCAAUUUCAAGCACCCAGUUUUUCUAAACCAGAAUCUGGUGAUAUUAACCAAGAGGCUACAGAAGCAGUAAAAAAUGGAACAGUUAUAGAUGAUUCAAAGGAUUUAGUUCAUCAAGAAGAGGCAUCAAGCAGCAAAGAACCUAAUGGUCAUGAAGAGAUCCGAAGGAGGCGUUUAGAAAAGUUUUCAAAGCCUUUAGAAAACUGUGGUCCACAAGAAACAAGUAAUGAAAACUGUGGUCCACAAGAGGGAAAUCAUGAAACAAACUAGUAGUAAAUAGUUUCAUAAAUGUGAACUAUGGUGAUCAGAUGAGGCAAAACACGUUUUGUCAGUUAUUUUUCGGUUACUUUUUUGGUCUUGAAUACUUACUCUGCUGUUAGAACUAAAUUAGUUUUCCGUGUUUUAUUCAAGAUCUGUAUCAUGUUUGCUUUAGAGGUGUGGUGUUCAGUAGUCUUUAUAAUGAUUGUAUUUUCAAAAAUUGUCUUGUGAUGAAGCUAAUGUUUUGUAUAUUUUUUCCACUGCUGGAACUGUUAAAGCAAAAUGCAUGAAGGCUGUUAAUUCCUUUCUUUCGAGCCUUAUCCAACUCAAGAUGCCUUCCCUUCAUACUGUAUUCUUUUCUAUUUUGUUAGUCUCUAUAAAAAUUAAAGAACAGUCUUUAUUUUAAUGCAUUUUGUUUCAUUAAAAAAUGACAUGAAAUUGUAAAAAUGAAUAAAUCUGUGGAAUGUGAUAA